AUGGAUGUCAGCGGAUUCGGAAUCGCCCGUGACGUUCGCAAGCAAACAUCUGAAAGCUCGGAAUUUCCCACGCUAUGUGAGACCUGCCUUGGGCCAAAUCCGCUUAUACGGAUGUUGAAGGAACGUUGCGCAAAGGAAUGCAAAAUCUGUGAACGGCCCUUUACAAUGUUCAGAUGGAAACCGGGUCCGAAGGCACGUUACAAGCAGACAAUAAUUUGUCAAAAUUGUUCUAAAAUAAAGAACGUAUGCCAGACAUGUCUCUUCGACCUCGAAUACGGUUUGCCAGUACAAGUGCGCGACGAGUUUUUGAAAAACGGUAUCGAACUUGCAGAAGCCAAAGCCAAUCUAAACCACCAGCUUAGCAAGCUAGAAAAUGGUACACUUGAGUUGCCUCGGUCUGAGACGAACCCUAUGUUGGAGAAGCUGGCGCGGGUUGCGCCUUACUAUCGCAGAAACAAGCCACGAGUAUGCACAUUCUGGUUACGCAAUGCAUGUAACCGAGGCGAAGAGUGCCCGUAUUCGCACGACAAUGAAGAUCUGCAUUAUCACGAUGCGGCGCUUGCAAAACAAAACAUUAAAGAACGUUUCCACGGCAAAAACGAUCCUGUCGCUGCCAAAAUUUUGAAGCGUAUAGACGAUUCAAAGAAGGAACCGAGUGAAGAACCAAACACGCAGGUUAAAGAUGGCAUUUACCCAUCGAUGCUUCCUCACGAGGCGCAGCGGCGGCGUUGA